UUGCGGGGGAGCUGUCCGAGGUGCUGGGUGCGGGCUGCGCGGGGGAGCUGCCCGAGGUGCUAGGAUGCCGGCGGAGCAGGGGCCGGGCCAGCCGGGCUGCGGCUGGAGAGGAGCCCCCCAGUCCUGCUGGCACCCGAAGAACAUAUUGAAAUGAGACACCUUAGAGAUCUCGGUGUUAGUGCGUAUGAUGGUGCUGUAUGAUCUUCAGUGUUGUAAAGUGGGUGAAAAUUCAUGCGUUUUCUUCUCUGCUGGACCUCAAAGCAGGGUGUUGUUUAUACCCUCCCAUUAUCUGUACUCUCUCUUCUCUGAAUGUGGAUUUAAGGAAGCAAGCACCUGUCUUCUCUAGCCACUUCAUUUUUUUAAAUGCCAAACUUCCCAUGCCAUUUUAAUCGUAUGUUAAGAAGAUCUUUGUUGUAACACACUGAUUUAUAGUGAUGCCGAAUUCUACAAUCUGGGCAAUUUUGCCAACAAGAUUCAAUGCACUUUAACUGAAGAAAAAACUGAGCGUAACUGCAAAUCUGUUUCUUAUGGUGCUGAAAUAUCCCUUCCGACUGCACUGAGAUAACCACAGGAAAGGGCUUUUACAGGCAAAAGUCACCUUUGAUUAUUGCACUUAGCAGUCCCCGUGGACUUAAAUUUUGGAAACGUUGCUUUCCUUUGUUCAUUAUCUCCUGCAAGAUGAUGAGUUCUAAUCAGGAGGAGGUCACUUUGGGCGCUUUUCUCCAGUAUAUUGAAGAUAUGGGGAUGAAGGCCUAUGAUGGCUUGGUUAUACAGAAUGCAUCAGACAUUGCUCGAGAGAAUGAUCGCAUGAGGAAUGAAACAAACCUGGCUUACUUGAAAGAAAAGAGUGAAAAACGCCGAAAACAAGAAGAAGCAAUAAAACGCAUAGGUGGAGAAGUAGUGAGAGGAAAUGAAGGAAGCUACGUGGGGAAACAUUUCCGCAUGGGAUUUAUGACAAUGCCUGCUCCUCAGGACAGACUGCCACAUCCUUGCUCCAGUGGCUUUACCGUGAGAUCCCAGUCUCUUCAUUCUGUUGGAGGAACAGAUGAUGAAAGCAGCAGCUCUCGUAAGCAGCCACCUCCUAAACCUAAGCGAGACCCCAACACCAAACUGAGCACCUCAUCUGAAACAGUCAACACUGGAACAACAAGUAAAAGUGGGAAACUACCAGACAGGACUGAAGCAUCUUUGAGGCAAGGAAGGGAAAGGACUUGUGACCAUGAGGACAAUGUUAUUUCGGUGGCUAGCUGUGACAGAGUGUCAGCCAAGCCAAGACCUCACAGUGAUGAAUACACAAAGAAGAUUCCGCCUCCGAAGCCGAAACGAAAUCCAAACACUCAGCUAAGCACAUCUUUUGAUGAAACGUAUAUCAAAAAGCAUGGCCCUAUGAAGACAUCACUCACUAGGGAUGCCUCCUUAUCACAGGUCAGCAGUCCUGCACCUGACACAGAGGAAGAAGAGCCUGUUUAUAUUGAAAUGGUUGGGAAUAUUCUCAGAGACUUCAAAAAAGAUGAGGAUGACCAAAGCGAAGCAGUCUAUGAGGAGAUGAAAUACCCUAUAUUUGAUGAUGUAGGCCAAGAUUCAAAAUGUCAAUGUGAAUAUGACCAUCACACUUGUUCUUCUCAGUGUGCUACUCCCACAGUGCCUGACCUAGAUUUCACCAAGUCUUCAGUGCCAUCUACUCCCAAGGGCUUGCUUUGUGAUAUACCCCCACCAUUUCCCAAUCUGCUUUCACACAGACCUCCACUGCUGGUGUUCCCACCAGCACCAGUGCAGUGUUCCCCGAAUUCUGAUGAGUCUCCUCUGACUCCCCUGGAGGUCACAAAGCUUCCCGUUUUAGAAAACGUGUCUUACAUCAAACAACAAGCUGGAGCUUCUCCAUCUUCACUGCCACCUCAUACACCAGGCCAUCAAAAACUGGAGAAAGACCAGACAAUAUCUCAUGGAACUAGCACCCCUGGGCACACAUCCUCCCCUCCUCAUCCUUCUACCUUGUACAGAACACAAUCUCCACACGGUUAUCCUAAAAGUCACUCUGCCUCGCCUUCUCCUGUCAGUAUGGGUAGGUCUCUUACCCCCCUAAGCCUCAAAAGACCUCCACCUUAUGACUCUGUACAUUCAGGAAGUCUCUCAAGAAGCUCUCCAUCAGUGCCUCAUUCUACAACCAGAAACACAUUGCAAGAAGGAGGAAAGAUGGUAAAUGCCUCAGUCAGUACCUAUGGGUCAUCAUCUCAGAGUGGUUCCCGUUCUCGGACACCCACCAGUCCUCUGGAGGAAUUAACCAGCCUCUUCACCUCAGGAAGAAGUCUCCUGAGGAAGUCCUCCAGUGGCAGAAGAUCUAAGGAACCUGCAGAAAAACCACUGGAUGAACUGAAGAUCAGAAGUCACAGCACUGAACCACUACCAAAGCUGGAAAACAAAGAGAGGGGAGGCCACCACGGGACAGCUUCCUCCAGGGAGCCAGGGAAAGCUCAGGAAUGGGACGGAACACCAGGCCCACCUGUGGUGUCCAGCAGGUUGGGGAGAUCUUCUGUCAGUCCAACCAUGCUGGCUGGAAGCAACAGCUCAGAGCCUAAAUCAAGCUGCAGAUUAGGUCGGUCUGCAUCCACAUCAGGUGUGCCUCCUCCUUCUGUCACCCCGCUCAGGCAACCCAGUGACCUUCAGCCGAGCCAGGUGACAUGUAUGCAGUGGUUGCAAGGGGACCAUACAAUGCUGGAUAUGAUUGAGAAAAAACGUUGCCUCUGCAAAGAAAUAAAAGCCCGACAGAAAUCAGAAAAAGGACUCUGCAAACAGGAGAGUAUGCCUAUUUUGCCAAGUUGGAAAAAGAACACUGGGACCAAGAAAUACAGCCCUCCUCCUUAUUCCAAACAACAAACAGUGUUCUGGGACACUGCAAUUUGACAGGAGUGUGGAGGAUGCCCUCUCCACUGUGUUGCACCAUGCACAGGUAGCCUGCUUUCUUAAUAAGGCAAAGGCUCUAACAUAAGACUUACCUGCAGGUGGUGAACUUCCUAGGAAAAAUUACCACACUGAUACAGUGCUCACCUGUCAAUCAUGAAAGAGAUUUGAGUUUCCGACUGGAUUAAGGCGUAUUCAUCCAGGAUUUUUUUGGAUCCAGAAGAUAUCAAAAUGUAAAUAUUUCGCCAAUAUAUCGAAAACACCCAACUAAUACACUAUUUAAAUAUAUAUAUAUAUAUAUAUAAUUUCAAAAAUUUAUGAAGAAUUUUACUAUAUAAUGUUACUGUUAUGCUGUUUUAUUACCUAUUUUAUAUGUGGUAUUCUGAUGUUCCCCCUCCCGUUUUAUUUUUCUUACCUGCCUAGAUUUGGCCUCUGUACUAAAGCAUGUGGUCGUACAUUUUGUUGAACAGGACAAUGUACAAAACAGCUCAGUGCUUGGGCUGUAGAGGUUGCCUGGAGUCAUACUCAGUAGGUGUCCUUAGCCUAUGGAGGGCGUGGGCUGGGCAAGGAGAGAGUUUGAGUUGGAAACAAAAUAACCGCAAGCAAUGCAAAUGGAAGUGCUUAAGGCGGACGCCCGAGUUGGCGUUAGAUUGUUCUGCAUCGUUUUUCUCAUAAAAUUAAUCUGGUAAAUUGCUCUUGGUUUUAUACGAGUCAGUCACUGAAGUUUCUUAGCCAAGAACCUAAAUUUUCAGCAGAAAAGCCUGCAGCAGAAACUCUUCCUUCAUCAUACUCAGCUGCCUAGCGGAGACCAUGGUUCACUGUGACAAACCAAGCAGACCCAUCCACCCAGCGGGUUAAGGCAGUGGCACUGCAGCCCCGGUUCCUGUCCACAUUUGUCUUUGGUCCAGAGAAUAAAGGCGGAAAAAAUCUGUUUACAUGUUUAUUAUUUUUCAAUCCAGCAACACAUCCUUACUUUAAGCUGUGUCAGAUUUCCAUGUGUUGUUUGUAAAGGCUGGAAUUCAGAUCCUGUGGAAGCCAGCAGGGGAACCCCUCUUGAUUUCAUCUGGUUUUGAAGCAGAGGCCCUGAGUGUGCCGUUUCUUCCUCCUGGCUGCUUCUCUAAUUGGCUUACAAUCCUCUGUUAUAAUUAUAUUACACCCAGUUUAACAGGAUAUUAUGUCAUGACCAAAGAAUUAUGACCUCCUGGUUUUAACAGGAGAAAGAGAUGGCUUAUACUGAUGAUGAGGGUUAAAUCCACGCGGUGAAAUAUCUUCCAAAAGGAUCUGUCGAGAAUGAGGGAAACUUGUACUUCUGUGGAGUAGGGAAAAAAAAAAGAUCUAUGGCAUAUAUUUUGUAUAUUUAAAUUUCUAUCUAUGCGUCUGAAGUUUGGUAGCACAAAUAUCCCUCUUUAAAACAAUCAUUUUAAUAUUAUAUUUGUCAAGAAGAAAAGGUGUGUUGUUUGAAACUUCUUAUUAUAUUGGCUUUUCUUUGAAAUUGUAUUGACAGCGUUGCCACAGCUGUAAUUGCUGAUCAAAAAAACCAAAAAUAGAAGGUUUUUGUAAUCUAUAUUGCUAAAGUUUGAGCCUGAGUAAUGUUUUAUCAGUAGUAGUUUCUUUUCAGCCUCUGAAAUAAAGUUUUUAAAUAUUUUAUAUCUAAUUAACUAAUGUAUAUUUUGAUGUCCAAACUGAGAUUUCUGUAAGAGGUAAAGUGUGUGUUUAUAUGUGUGUAUGUAUAUUAGCAUUAUUGUGUAUGUAUAUAUGCAUAUGUGUACACACACAUAUAUAUAUGCAUGUAUCUCUCUAUAUAUACUCACAGAUGUAUGCAUACAAAUAUACCCACCUACAUUAAUUAUUGGUGUGUAUUAUGAAUAUACAGUGGCUGGAAUGGGUAUGCAAUUGAAAUGCAGAUUUAAAGAGCCCCUCACAGUCAAAAUGAUAGAGGGCAUGAAAACACCCAGAGGCUGUGAAGGACUCUUUGAAUACAUGUUACCUCCAAAAGACAACAACUGUAUAUUCUGCUUAUUCUCUCUUUUUUUUUUAAAGAAAGAAAAUGGCAGAAGAAAAAGCCCAGAGAUCUCACAAAGUUCCAGAAUCUGCUGGAAAGAAGACGACUUGUUGGUCGUGAGAAAUCUGUUGAGAUAACAGGUUCAUUGUCCAGAAAGUGUUUAUGCUUUGUCUUCCUUGUUACGUGGCAAGAGAAGAAUUUCUCGUAACCAUGUGUGAAAUGCUUAGCUCAACCCCUUCCCCCUGCUGCAUUAAGUCUCUGGUGACAAAACAAAAGUCAGCAUUCAGUCAGUCUUGAUACUCCUUCUCUGCACUGGUCUCUUCCUGGAGCACCUGUUUAAAUCCUGGGGAAGCACCCAUUUUGCAACCUGGCCCAGUGGGUGCUCACGGGUGCUGCAAUGCCAGGGCCCUUUUGGGGGAGGCAAAGGUUAAACAAUUAGGUGUUUAAUAGUGUUUGUACGUAUUGUGUCCUUUUCAUAUCAGUGCCCAGUAGGAAUAAUGUCAGGGAACUGAGGCAUUCUUGUCCCAAGAAGACUUGCUUGUACACUUAGCCAAUCACACAACCACUUCUUGCUUUGUUUUUAUUGCUCAACACUAUUUAUGUUGUCCUUCCUAAAUAGCUGCCCGUGUGCUUCCAGACCUCCAUUGUAUCCCAUGGAAACAAUGGCUUUUUGUUUUAGAGCGUGACAGUACAUGAAAAAGUAAAAUAUAACUUAGCACUUACCUUCAAAGCACUUUAGAAAUGUGAACAAAACUUCACGCUUGGGAGAAUAAUUCCACAGAGGAGGGAAGUGAGGCUCAGAUGGAAUCAUUACCAAAGGCCAUGGACAGAGCCAGGUCAAGACAGAGGCCACCAUCUUGUCCUGUGCCCGCUGGCCCACCCCAUCGCUUGAGUAAAAGGCAGAUGGCACUGCUGAGAGCGUGCCAUGGAAAUGCUGUUCAACGUUUUCUACAUCUCCUCUUGUCUCAGCAGUUUCUGUGUCACAGGGUGAAUGACAGUGCUUAGUUACGGUCAUUAAAGCUGUAGUCUGUAUAAAUAUGCAAUCUGUAUAUACAUACAGAUCACGUAUAUACACACACUUGUGAAGACUGUAUAUAUGAAAUUGUUUGGUAUGCACUUAUUUUGCUUUAAACUCCUGAAGUUGAACAUUAUAGUGUAGCAAUUUGUGUAAAGUGCACUGUGAUUUCAAGAAAGCACAGUAAAGUCACAGGUCUUGUUAUUCUUGCACUAAAAAUGUGUUUACCUAUAUUAGCCAAUGUAUGUCUACUUUAUUGCUACUUUUGGCAAACUAAAGCAAAUGGUAUAUGGGGUUCUUUUUGUUUGGGUCAUUUAUUUUUAAGUGGACAACGGCACUAUGUUUCUAAAUGACAGGGUUUUUAAAUAAAAUGAAAUCAUUCUGUGUUCAUUCCGAUGUAAUACAUUUACCAAUAUCUUGAAACUGAAUGUCAUGUUGCUUUUUUCAUAUUUCAUUAGAAAUUGUCAGGUAUGUGCCUGAAAUUGUGUAGGAGUAAGGAGUAGCUAGAGGCUAACUGUAAUCAUAUAUUAUUAGCCGUUUCUAUAUACACAGUAUAAAUACAUAUUAAUUUUCUUUUCAUUUUUGUACUUGAUUUUUUUAGGUAAGAUGUAAUUAAAUGUACUUUGAUACUUCUGAAGUAAUAAGAUGUUGUUUGAAGAUCAAUUCUGCUUUCUUUAGUGCAUUGACAAUAUUUUACAAUAAUUUAGUGCUUAUUUAUUUGUGCUCCGGUGUAAUUAUAAUAAAAAGCAAUAGUUUAAAA